UUUUCUAGUUUUGUAGCUCUAUAUUUGUUGUAAUAGGGUAGUUCGACCUUGGGAGAGGCAGCAAUUUGUAUUUGAGCUUGUAGUUUCCACUCUUAGUGGUCAUGAUUUUAUUGCAAAUAACGACAUAAGUUUAGUCACUUAACAUUUCUGUAUAUAUAUAUAUUUACAAAAGGAGAAUACACCUAAUUGAAUGAUGACCAAUAGCAACAGCAACAGUAAUAGCACUGGCAACUUUCUACUUGAUGAUCAAGUUCCUAUUGAAGCUGUACGUUGGUUUUAUUUUCGUCGUUCUGGUAGUGUCAAUACAUGGAAACCAUUUUGUGGUUAUGAUACAAUACGUCUUGAAACAGCAUAUCGUCAACGUGUUUUACAUGGUAGUACAGAUCUGAAUUAUGCGAAAAUUGUUGUACGUGGUGAAAUGUUUGAAGUCGAUAUGGAAAAUGGUUUAUGUAUACCAAUUUAUUGGUUUGGUAAAAAACGUUCUAUACAUAGUAGUAAACGUAAAACAUGGUGUUCCACACAAGUGACACGUUCUGUAUGGUUUCAAAAAAUUAAUUGGUUACCAUUGGAUAGUAAAUUAUCAGAAUUAAUUGAAUAUGAACAUUGUACAUAUGCUAUGCCGAAAUUGAAAGAGAUUACAAAAAAAAGUCAUAAACCUAUUCAUAAAUAUCAAUCGAAUAAUCAUGAAAUUAAAUGGAUGCCAGAUGGUACUAUAUAUUUAGUCACUAAAACAGCGGAACCAUUCGGUAAAGUUCGAUUACAUGGCGGAUUAAGUAGUGUUCCAAUCAAUAGAGGAUUUAAUCGUCUAGCAGAUAUUCAUGAUAGACCACCGCCUAUUACACAUGUUUGUUUUGUUGUUCAUGGGAUUGGACAACAAUUGGCUAGUAUACGACAUGAAUGUGCUAAAAUAAGAAAAACAUGUCAAAAAGUUGCCGAAAAACUUUAUCCAAAAUUAUCUGAAACAAGACAACGUCUUGAAUUUAUCCCAGUCAAUUGGCGUAGUUCAUUAUCAUUGAAUUCAAAAACAUUAGAUAAUGUCACUGUGACACAAUUACGUCCAUUACGUGAUUAUAUUAAUCAAAGUUUCGUUGAUAUAUUAUAUUAUACCAGUCCAGUAUAUCGUAAUGUGAUAAUGCAAAGUUUAAGUUAUGAAUUAACACGUUUAUUUAAUUUAUUCUGUAUAAAAAAUUCACAAUUUUUACAACGUGGUGGACAAAUCUCUGUGUUGGCACAUUCACUUGGUAGUGUUAUAAUGCAUGAUAUAUUACGUACAAAUGAACCGAAACUGGCAAAUUCUGUAUUUAAUUCAUUAACAGAUUUAAGUUUUACACAAUCAGCCCCACCUGAAAAUGACUAUGGUACAGCUUUAUUAAGACAGAGAAAAGGCAGAACACGUAAUUUUACGGAUUAUUCCAAUUCCAAAUCGAAUGAGUGCAUUGCCAAUCCAACAAAUACUACUAAUGAUAUUGAUCGUGAUGCUACUUUGAAAUGUCCAAAUUUAGCUAACUUGUUUCUCAUUGGUUCACCAUUAGCAUUGUUUAUCUCAGUGAAUGAUUUAUGCCCUACAACAUUGAAUUAUUCAUCGAUACAAUCAUCUACAAAUUCUAUUUAUAAUUUAGAUCAAGAAUCAACUACAAAUGGUUUACAUUCUAAUAUGCAUAGUGUCUCAUCAAUGACAUCGCCAAUUACAACUACAAGCACAAACACAUAUACACAUACAGGUAUUGAUUUGGAUGAAACUGAUCCAGAGGCAUUAUUUUCAUAUUUUGCAUGUCGUAAAGUAUUUAAUAUCUUUCAUUCAUAUGAUCCGGUGGCAUAUCGUUUGGAACCAUUACUGUUGAAACAUUAUGCUAAUAUUAGUCCUGUUGUUAUACCGAAAGCAUCAGUGAAUCAUUUAGAAAAAUGUUUAUCAAUUAAAGAUAUUUCAUUGAUCAAUACUACUAAUACUAAUAAUACUACUACUACUAACAAUAAUAAUAAUAAUCAUAGUCAAACACCAACUUUAAUAGGUUCGAAUACAUCAUUAGCCACUAUAAAUAAUGAUAUUGAAUCAUUGCAUACAUUGGAUUUAUCUGAUUCGGAUUCGUCAAACUCUUCAUCCGAUUUAUCAUUGAAUGAUUCACACAGCAGUGGUGGAGGUGGAGGUGGUGGUAGUCGUGGAGGCGGCGGCGGCGGCAGCAGUAAAAAUCAUCAUCCUGAUCAGAAGGAACAAAAGAAAAAGGUAGGCGAUGAAAAAAUGACAAGAUUUCUUUUUUGA